GUAACUUGCAUCCGUCUGCGAAUAGGAACGCAGGGGCGUACGGUGCGGAAAGAGCGUAGCAGGCGUCUGUGAAUAGCUCGCUGGGAUGGGGGGAGAGCGAGGAGCUACGCGAACAGCGCGGCGGGGAGAUCAGGGCGCCCGGCAGGGGUCGCUGCGCGCGCAGCUUCAUAAUUCGAAAAGGUGCAAAUGGGCGAGGGCGGGGGCAGUGAGGCUCUUUACGCAAGCGGAGUAGAACGCUUUCGAGAAUACAGUAGUAGUAAGGAGACACAUGCGCGCCGGUGGGAGGCUCAAUGUUUCGCUGAGGUUUUCAUUGUGUUCUUGGGGAAAACAGCCUUAAACAAACAAUGCGUAAAAUGGCCAUUUUAAACUAAUAACCAAGAAUUUCCAUGCAUUCUAAACAUCAGGAUAGUCUUUUUUUUACAUUCCUUUCCCAGUCGAUAUCCCUCUCAAGUGAGGGAAAAUAAACAAUUCCAUUCAUUAAAGGGUACUAGCAUUCGAUGCACAAAGAGGUGAUCUGGUGGCAUAAGCAGGGAUCACAUUUUAUUUGGCAAUCACUUCCUGUCUGUGCCUGCUGGAUUUUAGCUAUAGUGGUGCUUCAGCUGUCAAGUUCACAAAAUAUUACCAUUUUGAUGUAAAUGUUUGGGGGGGGGGAUGCAGUUAGCUAAGAGAGGUUGUGCCAAAUCGGAUCCUACAGGUACAGUACCCAGCUUUAUAGAUGUUAUUGUUACUUAACUUGAAAUUAUUUCUUCUGUUUAAGUAAUUUAUUACCUUGCCUGCCCUAUGUAAACAAUCCUUACGUAGCCACAAGCAGCAAAAAAAAGUGUGUGAAAGUAAAUAAGUGGGCUAGUAGCAUCAUUUGCAGGCUACUCACUUUUGUAGGUUUAUUUUAAAAGUUGGCUAAAGCAGCUCUUGUGGCAGCUUACAAGGCUAGUUAAAUACAACGGGCCAAUUUGUUUGUGACGUUAAACCAGGCAUCCCCAAACUUCGGCCCUCCAGAUGUUUUGGACUACAAUUCCCAUCUUCUCCGACCACUGGGAGUUGUAGGCCAAAACAUCUGGAGGGCUGCAGUUUGGGGAUGCCUGCGUUAAACUAUAUGCUUCCAUCAUUGUUACUACUAUUAUUACAUUUAUUACCUGCCCAUCACCAGCAGGUCCCAGGACAGCUUGCAGUGAUUUAAAAUUACAAACAGUUAAAACAGAUCGCAGUACAGUAGUAGUAUGCUGUCCACUUGGGAGACUGGAAAUAAAAGAUGGGAGACUUUUUUGUCUGUGUUUGGUUUCAAAUAAACCAGAGUUCCGUGUUGUGAAUUUAAACUGGUUUGUUCAAACAAACUAGGAUCAGGUAAUGGUUUGUAAUCCUGUUUGUUAACAGACCAUGUUUUAAAGUAACCAAAGUUUUCCAAGUUUGGGAAUAUUUAGAAAUUCUGGGUGGGUUACUCUCAAUUUUCUCCUCCUGGCCAUCUCUGGCUAACCAUCAAGGUUAUUGUAGUUUAUUAGAAGCUCCAGUAAACAGGAUGAACUUGCAGUACAAUCCUUUGUAUGUUUACACAAAAUUAAGUCCCACUGUGUUUGAUGCAACUUGUGGAAGUGGCUAACCUCUAGGUGUUGUAGGAACCCAACUCUCAUCAGCCAGCAGGGCCAAUGCCAGGGAUGAUGGGAGAUUCGGUCCUGCAUCAUCUGGAGGGCCACAGGUUAACCACCACCUUAGCCUAGUAAAAAUAGUAAAAACUAUUCCAGGCAAGAAUUCUGGAAAAGGAAUUCCACAAACCAGAUGCCAUGAAAGAACACUGCCUGCCCCCCAGCCAUCUGCUUAAUCUCAGGGGUGGGGGGAGUUCAGGAGAAGGAACUACAAUGAAGAUUGUAGCUGGUGAACAGCCUUAUACAGUAUAGGAAAAGGUUAAUAGAGCUCUAAGUUAAAACUAACUCUGAAUUGCGCCUGGAAACAUUUAAAGCACCAAAGAAAUAUGAUCUCAUGGUGAACCCUAGUUAACUGCCUUGCUGUUGUGUUCUUGACCAUUUUAUAACAAAAGAAAGAGAGUUGUAAACUUUUUUACAAUGCAGUAAAGUAUUUGUUAAAUCUGUAAAAUCUCUUUGGGCACAUGAAUGAAGACAUGAAAUUUCACCAUUGGUAUUAGAGUAUCUUAUAACUACUUCAAUACUUGAUGAGAUUGUACAGCUGCUUGAUGCAGUUGUAAUGACAUUAUUUUCAACAUGGAAAUAGCACCUUUGUGAGUUUUCUUAUGGGCAAGUCUUUUUAUUCCCCUCCACCCAAUCAAACUGAAACUUCUCUUCACCCUAGUUGCUCCUAGUCUGAAACAAGGAUCAGGUGCCUCCAAGUUCACAUACAUGGAUAUCCAGGUGUCUGGAUUCCCUUUUAGUGUGUUGCAUAUAACUCAGUUGUCCCCUCCUCCCAUGUCUUGUUCUCCCUUCCCAGGCACAUCAAAAAUGGCCCCAGCCUGCGAACGACUGCAGUUUCGAUUUCCUGGCUAUGGCGAUGGGGUGCUGCACCGCAUGGACCAGCUGAGGCAGCAGAGGCGCUUCUGUGAUGUGACAGUGCAGGUGAACGAUCUGCGGGUUCCCGGGCACCGCGUGGUCUUUGCCGCUUGCUCCCCUUUCUUGCGCGACCAAUUCCUGCUCAAUGACUCACAGGAGGUGUCCGUCUCACUCUUCCAGAGUCCGGAGAUUGGGCGCCAGCUUCUUCUCUCUUGCUACACAGGAUGCCUCGAGGUGCCCAUCAAGGAACUGGUCAACUACCUGACAGCUGCUUCCUUCUUGCAGAUGGGCCACGUGGUGGAGCGCUGUGCUCAGGCGGUCUCCCACUACUUAGUCCCCAAGGCAGACACCCUGCUGCGGGAGGAGCAGGCGGAGGGGAGCUAUCCCCAGCAGGAUGGGGAAGAAGAAGUGGAGGAGAAGCAACCUCCUUCACCCACGGGGGAGACAGAUUCCGAGGAUGUCAAAGUGGAGGUGCCCGAGUUCACCCCACGUGACUCCCACGGCCCUUCUUCUCCUGCAAUUUCCCUCUCCCUUAUCAACUCCGCUGUGGAGAUCACGCGCAGCUACUUGCAGGGUUGCUAUGACGACGAAGCAAGCAGCGAAGGACUUACUUUCCCUCCAGCAGCUCCUGCCCCUGCGCCUCAGUGGAGGAACUACCCGCUGCAUCGUCACCGGCAUGGCACGGCCAUGGCAUACAGGGACUGGCGGGCAGGUGGCGGGGUGGCAUCGUGGAAGGUGCCGGGGCUGGAGCGCCCAUACCGUUGCCCCCGCUGCAACAGUGUGUUUCAGCAGCUGGGGAACUUUGUGAGCCACGUGCAGGAGCACAAGCUCUUCCUGUGCCUCCGCUGCGGCAAAGUCUUCUCGCAGAAGAGCAACCUGACGCGCCACAUCCGCGUGCACACCGGCUUCAAGCCUUUCCAGUGCCCCAUCUGCCGCAAGUGCUUCACCCAGAACGCCACUCUGCAGGACCACCUCAACCUCCACAGCGGCAUCAAGCCGCACAAGUGCAACUACUGCGAAAUGCACUUCACCCACAAACCGGGCCUGCGACGCCACCUCAAGGAGAUGCACGGCAAGAGCACCAUCCAGAACAGCCACGAAGAGAUUGAAGAGGUCACCAUUGACUUUGAUUGAUGCAAGAGUAGGGCGGGAGGGGCGGCUGCAAACUAAGCGGUAGAGUCUUCCAUGAGGCCAGGCAGAGUCUUCGGUCAGUCCAAAAUUCCUUUUAGCAAGAGAUGGGCUGCGUGAACUGGGUAAGGGGCAAAUUGCAGACAGAAGCAGUCGACGCAGGGGUGCCACAGGCCACAGUUGUGGCUUUUCAAGUAGUAAGGGAAGUGCUGUGGCUAUAAAGUUUUUACUGUAGAAGAGCACAGAGGACAA